AUGCCAAUCCUCUUUGUCGACUCUCUGACCUGGUCAGUAGUAGCGGUAGUAUCUUUGUUUAUGUAGAACCGUCUCCUCACUUUCACCUCUUCUCCAAGCCAUCUCUCUUUCCCUUCCUUCCUGGGCGCAAAACACACACACACACACACACACACGCACUAGACUAGACUGCCUUACAUUAGGGUUUUUGGCGAUCCUUUUUAGGCAAUUAGAAGUAGGAUUAGAAUUAGAUUCUCACAUUUAAUAAACCCAAUCUAUCCAUGAAGCAAAUCUAUCUUAAAUCUAUCUCCUCAAACUUUGUUACAGAUUAGCCCUAUUUUUGUUUAAUUCAGUUUCUGCAAAAUCUUUUCUCUUUCUCUCGCACUCAGACACUUCUGCUGGAGAUUUACUGUUUCGAUCAAUGGCGUCGACGGUGCCGGCGAAAUCUCAGCCGCUUCACAAUUUCUCAUUGUCGCACCUGAAAUGGAAAGGCAAUCACCAACGUCCUCGUUCGGCUUCAUCUUCCGCCGCCAGGCUAUCUGCCUCCGGCUCGCCUCACCGAUCGCCGCCUUUCAGUCAUGAUUCUCCACCGCGGAGGCAGUCGCUUAACUCUCCCUUGCGCAGCGCAGCAGACUCAGUUGCUGCAUCAUCUCCGUCUCGUCAUGCAGCGAUGCUCGGCGGCGAGGACUCAGCGGCGUCUCCGAUGCUACAUGGAGAUGGCGCAGAUGAAUUAACUGCGCCGCUACUGAAUCAGUCUCCGGUCCGUGGCAAUGGAACCGGAAAGCUGGAGUCUUGUGUGAAAAGCAGCAAGCCUUUAAUUGAGUACCGGAGGCACUCUAGAUCUUCGGUUUCUUCUGGUGUUAAGAAUGGAGCAUUUACAUCAUCGCCUGAUCGAGAUGAGAGAAAAUUGAAGGGGGCAGGGGCAGGGGCAGGGGUAGAGGCAGAGGCAGAGAAUAAUGAAAGCAGAUCUUCGAAGUUUCUGAUUAAAAUCCGGCAGAAAGCCAGCAAGUUUGCGGAGGAAAUUCAACCUGAAGAGGAGGGAAAAGCUGAGGUAAAAGUCCAGGAUAAUGAGGUUCAGGACGAGGGGAAGCUACUGGCUAGUUUUGAUGACGACGAGCCGUUGCAAAAGACAUGGAAUUUUAGGCCAAGGAAACCAAUAAGGCCGUCGCUGAAUUUGAAUGGAAGUGGUUUUAAGAACAAUGGAUCCACAGUGCAGCACGCAAAAAGAGCUCAAUCACCGCAGGUGAAUCCCAACAGUGGUAAUAGAUCAGAGAAUCAGAAGAAGGAGAAGAGGAAGAUUGGAUUCACACUUGCCCUCUCGAGAGAAGAGAUUGAAGAGGAUUUGUUUGCUUUACUGGGAUCUAAGCCUUCUAGGAGACCUAAGAAGAGAUCAAAAACUGUUCAGAAACUAAUGGAUAAUGUGUUUCCAGGUGCUUGGUUGCAAUCUAUAACUGCGGAUUCAUAUAAAGUUUCUGAACACCCUGGAAAGGCUUAGCUUAGGUAACAUCUUUUGGGAUUGUCCUAGUGAUGGAGGUUUCUGCAAUUUUUUGAUGCAAUCUGAAGAAAUAAUCAGCAGCACUGACUUGUAUAGAUAAAAGGGGAGUUUUUGGUCGGGGGAAUAAGUUCUUUUCCAUCAUGUGGCUAGCUUUUGCUGUUUUCUUUUGCUUUAUCUAAUUGUGGGCAGUCAGAGAAUUGGGUGAACGUAGUUUGAUAUGUUAGUAGUUGCAGAUGUACAUAUGAAUUUUUGGAUAACUUAAUAGAGUUUUCUUCAGUUCUAUGUUGCUUAUAUAGAAUCAAUUGACAGCUUUUUAUUUGUGAUCAAAUUUUGAUUAUGCUGUUGUUUGUUGGUAUCUUCUUUUUUGAUGGCUUCUGAUAUGUCAAGACAUAACAACGUGUUUCCUGGUUGAUGAAUGUGGUUAUCCUAGACCAUCUAGUAGAGAUGUCGGCCUCUGUGAUCGUUUGCAAUUACUGUUGAUGUUAUAACCUUAUAUUUGUCAUCUUUGACAUCCUUUGAAUAGUUUGAUAAUAAUUAGGACUAAUUAUAUUGUCCAACUUUUUUGUUCUCAUAGUAUGCUGAGAGCUGAUCAUGGCUUUUGGUACUGCAGUUUAAUACUCUAAACACAAAAAUCUGUCUGUGGACUGAACCCUGUGUAUGCUUUUUGGUUAUUUUGCUGAAGCGUUAGACUGAGAAACCAAAGGGUUAGUCAUAUUAAAGUUUACCUAGUGUUCCUGAGGUAGUUGUCUUGCUGUUUAAUGCCAUUGAAAUUCCUAUUCUUUUUAGCGUGUGGCGAAGAUCAGGCUGAUUAAUCCAAAUUCUGCUGAGAGUUUAUAUGGAGGAUUUUAAAGCUGAGGCAGGUCUGGCUGGCCCUGGCAGUUGAUUUCUUUGAAAGGCAAAUGUUGUUUUCUUAAUGAGGAGAUACCUCUGGCUUUGCAUUCUGAAAGCUAUUUUUUGUUCUUCAGGGUACUGUAAUGUGCUAUAUGACUGAAGAAUAUCCGUGCUUUGAUGUUACUGAUUUGCCUUCCCUCUGUCGUAGCUCUUCACCAUUUUCUGUACCGGGGUAACCAUCUUUUUAGUCUGUUUUUGCUCUCUCUAUCCAGAUGCAACUUUUUUGCCCGUGUAGUUUUCCAAGUUAUUUGUUCCGUGCAGUCCGUCGACUGUUGGAAUAUACAUCUUGACGUAGUACAAUGGUGCUUGCAUUUCAAUUGCCAUUAGAUGGUACCAUCACGCUCAAUUUCCAAGUACCCUAGCUGAAUGAGCUGCACGAGCCUGUAUUCAACUUGUGCUCCUGUAACAAUGCAUGCUAUGCCUGCUGGGUUAUGGCCUUGAGCAAGAUGAACGAGGGGAAUGUAGUUAAUACCAUACCAUUUAUGGAUUAGGAAUGUACCAGACACCUUUUUGCAUUUAAGUAUUUGCUUUUGUAGUUGUCAUGCUGUUUUAUCUAGAAUCUUCGAAAUAGGAAUGUAUUGACACGAGGCAUGUAGCCCUAAUUUGGCGUUGGUAAAGAUCAAUUACUAUGGUUGCCCAUUUGUGGAAUCAAAUAUAACCGAAUUCCGCA